CGACCGACUGCAAUGGGAGAUAGAAGUUUCGGAAUGCGAAUCUGGACGAUUCAGCUAUUCAUCCUGCUUAGUGGAGUUCUACUCACCGUUCGAGCUGCUCCAGCGGAGGUAAAUGAAGAUGUGACCCAUCCACCGCCCGAUCAGCUGCAAACGGAGUCUCGUUCCCGCAAGGAGGAUGUCCUGGAUGUGGACGAGGACCUGGACGGACGAAAUGCCUAUAUCAACAAUCAGUUUGUGCCCAGCGAACCGGCUGAAGUGCUGGACGAGGAGCAGAACGCCCCGCUCUACGAGAUCCUCCAAAAGCAGAUGGAGCAGGUGUUGGCCUCGUCGGCACCCAGUGAUCCCGUCUACGAGCAGCGGGAAAAGCAGGAGCGCCGCGACCAGCAGCCACCCCAUCAACCGCCUUAUUUCGCCGGCGGAGAUCGAGAGGCUGAUCUGCAGGACGACUACGAAGACGAGGAGGAUCAGUCGGAUCCGGGCUAUCCGGUGGAUCCCGAGAAACCGGAUGCGGUGGCACCGACUCCAGAGGAUGAGGACCAAGGCGAGGCGGGCUACCAGGCACCACCGUUGACCCUUCCAAGCAGCACCACUCGCAGACCCCAGAGGCGUCGCAGCACAACCACCACAGCUCACCCGAAAACCACAAGACCCAGGACCUCUGCGCAGUUCAGGAUCACAGGCAGACCCUUCAACCAAACCAGCACCACUGAGCCACCACUACCACCUGUGAGCACGAACAGUCACCGGCCCAAAACUAGUUCCAGUCCCAGUACCAGUACCAAUGGCAAACCAAAUCCUCAUCAGGAACAUAGCCUGCCUAGCGAUCCGCAGGUCUACCAGCACAAGCGCCGCAUCAUUUUCAAGACCAUCUCAACGGGCUCCCAGUUCAUCAAUUCCCCCAUUGGCGACCUGAUGAUCAAGUUCUCCAUCGGAUUCGCCAAGCCAGCCACUCCGGGUGCGGUGAUCAGCCCCUCCAGCUCACCCACUUCCUCUAGUGAAGCCCUGCGAGCACUUUCCCAGAACUUGAUUCGCAACCUAGAACUGCAGAAGCUGAAGAGAACCAAUAAAGUUCAAAAAGAUUAAAUGAAUCAUACAAAUGUAGGACAAUA